CUGGAAAGCGCCGGGAUGAUAAGAAACAGCCCCGAGACGGAGCUGCCGCAGAACCUGCCUUCCCAAGUCCCGUCCCAGCUGGCCAAAGUCGCCACCGCUCUCGCCAGUGACAACAAAACUUUGCCACCCGACGAAGUCAAGGCAAAUGAUUCCGAGAGGACCAAAGUUGGCAUCUGCAAACUCGCCCCCGUGCAAGACUCUACAGACCCUUUCCCUCUCAAGAACGCCCCCAGCGCAGGGAACACCCUCCAGGCCCACAUUGCCCCUUGCAAAAUCCCCCCGUUGCAAAGCACAGACGGGGAAGCUAAUCAAAGUAUUGGUAAGAGUACACUGGAGCAAAACAAUGCCAAGGGCGGUUGGGUGAACAUGAGCCAGAGCACCGUGGUCUUGGGCACAGAUGGGAUCACGUCUGUUCUCCCUGGGCGUGCGGAGGAGGAGGAUGAAGGGGACGAAAAUAAAGCCCGGGGAAACUGGUCUAGCAAGCUGGACUUCAUCCUCUCCAUGGUGGGUUAUGCAGUAGGGCUGGGCAAUGUCUGGAGGUUCCCGUACCUGGCCUUUAAGAAUGGGGGAGGUGCAUUUCUUAUUCCCUAUUUGACAAUGUUGGCUCUGGCUGGGAUCCCCAUCUUCUUCCUGGAGGUUUCUCUGGGGCAGUUUGCUAGUCAGGGACCCGUGUCUGUUUGGAAAGCCAUCCCUGCCUUACAAGGCUGUGGCAUUGCUAUGCUGAUUAUCUCUGUCCUAAUAGCCAUAUAUUAUAAUAUUAUAUUGUGCUACACACUUUUCUACCUUUUUGCAUCCCUUACACAAGUGUUACCUUGGGCUUCAUGUAACAAUCCAUGGAACACACCGGAUUGUAGAGAUAAAAACAAACUUUUAUUAGAUUCCUGCAUCAUUGGUGACCACCCCAAAUUACAAAUAAAGAACUCUACUUUCUGUAUGAGUGCCUAUCCAAACUUGACAAUGGUAAACUAUACCAGCCAUGUCAACAAAACCUUUGUCAGUGGCAGUGAAGAGUACUUCAAGUACUUUGUAUUGAAGAUUUCUGCAGGAAUUGAAUAUCCUGGUGAAAUCAGGUGGCCUUUGGCUCUCGCUCUCUUUCUGGCUUGGGCGAUUGUCUAUGCCUCUCUGGCUAAAGGAAUAAAGACAUCAGGAAAAGUGGUGUACUUUACUGCUACAUUCCCUUAUGUAGUGCUCAUCAUCCUACUCAUCAGAGGAGUAACUCUGCCAGGAGCUGGGAAUGGAAUAUUGUACUUCAUCACACCUAAGUGGGAGAAACUGAUUGAUGCUAUGGUGUGGAAAGAUGCUGCCACUCAAAUAUUUUUCUCUUUGUCUGCUGCAUGGGGUGGCCUGAUUACUUUGUCUUCCUAUAACAAAUUUCAUAACAACCUGUACAGGGACACCUUGAUAGUAACUUGUACCAACAGUGCCACAAGUAUAUUUGCAGGCUUUGUCAUCUUCUCUGUUAUUGGUUUUAUGGCAAAUGAGCUCAAAGUAGACAUUGAAGAUGUUGCCGACCAAGGUCCUGGGAUUGCCUUUGUAGUAUAUCCUGAAGCUUUAACCAGGCUUCCUCUUUCACCUUUCUGGGCUAUAAUUUUCUUCUUGAUGCUUCUAACACUUGGCUUGGACACUAUGUUUGCCACUAUUGAGACGAUAGUGACAUCUGUUUCAGAUGAGUUCCCAAAGUACUUACGUACGCACAAGCCUCUGUUUACUCUUGGAUGCUGUCUUUCCUUUUUCAUCAUGGGCUUUCCUAUGAUCACUCAGGGUGGAAUGUACAUGUUGCAGCUUGUGGACACCUAUGCAGCAUCCUACUCUCUUGUUAUAAUAGCCAUUUUUGAACUUGUUGGCAUUUCAUACAUUUAUGGCUUGCAAAGAUUUUGUGAAGACAUUGAGAUGAUGAUUGGAUUCCAGCCAAGCAUAUUCUGGAGAGUCUGUUGGGCUUUUGUGACCCCAACUAUUUUAACAUUCAUCCUUUGCUUCAGCUUCUACCAGUGGGAACCCAUGACUUAUGGCAGCUACCACUACCCAGGCUGGUCUAUGGUACUCGCAUGGUUGAUGCUAACUUGUUCUGUUAUCUGGAUUCCCAUUAUGUUUGUGAUAAAAAUGCACAUAGCUCCUGGCAGAUUUAUUGAGAGGCUCAAGUUGGUCUGCUCUCCACAGCCAGAUUGGGGACCAUUUCUGGCUAAACACCGUGGUGAACGAUACCAGAAUAUGAUAGACCCACUGGGAACGUCUUCCCUUGGACUUAAACUGCCACCGAAAGAUAUUGAACUGGAGACCCAGUGCUAGUAAUUCCCCCACUUGUGGCUAUGUUGUACAGCCCAUUCCUUUUAUCUUUCUUUUCUUUUCUUUCUUUCUUUCUUUCUUUCUUUCUUUCUUUCUUUCUUUCUUUCUUUCUUUCUUUCUUUCUCAUUGUCCCCUUUCCUCCUCACAGUGCCUGAAAGUGGUUGCUUAGAAAGUAAGAUAUACCGUUGCAUGCUUGUAGUAAAGAACUAGAUAGACCACUUUAAGUACUGGGUUUGGUUUUGACACACAGUGGUGCCCAGACAUACAUUCAUUGUGAAACAGUGACAAUCAGUCAGUUGCUUUGGGAAAUUGCUUCCGUGAGCGCUGGGCCAAUCCUACUUUAUCACACAAAUAGUUUUUGUUCUGCUGCAGUCAUAUGAGUGGGAUACAGGUUGCUGGCACCAUCUGGGAACACCAUGAGCACUGCCUCUGGUUUAGUUUUGCUGACAGACAAGUGGGUUGGCAACUAUAUGUUGUGCUGGGCAGAUACAUCCAUGGCUGCCAUCUUACUGUUGGUUUUCACACACAAAAAAGUGAAUGUGUUACCAAAACAACCAUCUAGAACAGAAGUACCCAUGGCCUACUUUCAUGACCUGCAAAAACCGGUAAAUAUAGGGGCUAAAAUGGCGGGGAAAAUUUACUAGGUUUGCCUGAGUGUGUCAGAAUCACAACAAUUUGUUUUCCUGCUCUGUGGUAAUUGAUUUUAAAGGACAUUAAAUUAGGCCUGGGAACCAUCUCUGGACCAAGUGUCUUAAUAUGUAAAAUUAUUGGAAUACAGUACUACAACUAAGUGGUUGGGCUGCCAUUUUGGCAAAUCCUUUUCAUAUCUAUUUGCCCCAGCCUACAACCACCCUAUUAUCUUAAUGGAAUGUGUGGCCAUAACCAGGGCCAGCUCUAGGUAGAGUCCUGGUGGUGCGGGGUGCCGGGCCGGUAGGCGGGGCGCUGUGCGGCGAAG